GUUCUGGGCGACACCCUCGUCUCCACCCCAGACUUCAUAUUAGACGGCGCGCGCUCCUUCUCUGGCGGCAUCUAUCCUCCUCAGUUUGAUCGGUAUUUCCAGCCUUCUACCUCUCCACCCACCCAAUACUCGGCGCUGCGCGAAGCCCACGCAGCAGCGGACAGCAUUUCCAAGAGGACACAGCGCCGUCCAGCCUGUGACAACAAAGCACACUCAACUGGUCCUUUCCACCGCAACCAUGGGGUUGGGUCAGAAGUCCAUCAAGAUCAAUGGCGCCGAUUGCGGUGUCGAGGCCUUGAUCCUCGGAUGGGUCACCGCCAUGGGUGGCUUCCUCUUCGGUUACGACACGGGUCAGAUUUCCGGCAUGCUCAUCUUCAACGACUUCCGGCGGCGUUUCGCGACGGGCGAGCUGGACGAUGAGGGUAUCCCCGAGUGGGUGUCCAUCACGCAGUCCCUGAUGGUGUCGCUCAUGAGCCUGGGAACCCUGAUCGGCGCGCUCUCGGGCGCCUACACGGCCGACGCCUGGGGCCGCCGCCGCAGCCUGAGCUUCGGCGUCGCCAUCUUCAUUAUCGGCAACAUCAUCCAGAUCACGGCCAUGAACUCGUGGAUCCACAUGAUGAUGGGCCGCUUCGUCGCCGGUCUCGGCAUCGGCAACCUCUCGGUCGGCGUGCCCAUGUUCCAGUCCGAGUGCUCGCCCCGCGAGAUCCGCGGCGCCGUCGUGGCCUCGUACCAGCUGCUCAUCACCUUCGGAAUCCUCAUCUCCAACAUCCUCAACUACGGCGUCCGCACCAUCCAGGACGACGACGCCUCGUGGCGCAUCGUCAUCGGCCUCGGCAUCUUCUUCUCCCUGCCCCUCGGCAUUGGUAUCCUCUUCGUCCCCGAGUCCCCCCGCUGGCUCGGCGCCCGCGGCGACUGGGACGGCGCCCGCAUGAGCCUGGCCCGCCUCCGUGGCCUCAAGCACGACCCGAGCAACAGGCUGAUCGAAAGGGAUUUCGUCGAGAUGCGCGACGUCAUCGAGACCGAGCACAGCGUUGGCACCGGUACCUGGGCCGAGUGCUUCACCGGCGGCGGCGGCUCCAAGGGCAUCCCCAAGAUCGUCUACCGCACCUUUCUCGGUAUCGCGCUCCACUUCGCCCAGCAGUGGACUGGCGUCAACUACUUCUUCUACUACGGAGCCACCGUCUUCAAGUCGGCCGGCAUCGAGGACCCCAUCCAGACCCAGCUCAUCCUGGGCGCCGUCAACGUCCUCUGCACCUUCUGGGGCCUGUACGUCGUCGAGAAGUUUGGCCGUCGUCUCCCCCUAAUCGUCGGUGCCUUCUGGCAGGCGGCUUGGCUGGCCGUCUUUGCGUCUGUCGGCACCGCCUUGCCCCCCGAGACCAACUCCACCACCGGCAUUGUCAUGAUCGUGUCGGCCUGCAUGUUCAUCGCGUCGUUUGCCAGCACCUGGGGUCCCAUCGCCUGGGUCGUCAUCGGCGAGACCUUCACCCUCCGCACGCGCGCCAAGCAGGCCUCGCUCGCGACGGCCGGCAACUGGCUCGGCAACUUCCUGCUGUCGCUGCUCACCCCGCCCGCCACGGCCGGCAUCUCGUUCAAGUUCGGCUACGUCUUCACCGCCUGCAACGUGGCGGGCGGCCUGCUCGUCUACUUCUUCCUGUACGAGUCGCGCAUGCUCUCGCUCGAGAACGUCGACCGCAUGUACGGCGAGCCCAACGUCAAGCCCUGGAACUCCAAGAAGUGGACCCCUCCGGGAUACCUCACGCGCAAGCAGCGCGACGACAGCUCCACGGGCGUCGGCACCGACGACGAAGCGGUCGCGCACACGCGGGAAAAGACGGGGACCCCGGACGUGCCCAGCGAGCAGAGGCACGAGCAGGCUGGCGACAACACCACAAGAGUCUGACGGGUUCGCCGAUUUGUGCAAAAGUACGGAGUUAUGUAGCUGUGGCUCAAUAUUGCCAGCGAUUGUUUCUUGUUUGCUUGUAGGAUAAUUAUAUCAAUCAGAAAAUUGUCGGUAUUCGAGCUUCCUUCUUCC